UUUUCCUCUUUUUCCAUCAUUGUUUUGAAAUUCAGGGUGCCUUCCCGCUUUUCUCCAUAUAUUUCCUCCUGCUAUUUUCACUUUCUGAGAAGCUAAACCUAUCCGCUAAUGGCGAAUUCAAUUAAUUCCGAUCUAACUACUCGUAAUGCAUCGAUCUUCUCUUCAAACUCAGUUACAGGAAAUGCAGGCAUAUGCAUGAUGAGUAACAAAUGGAAAGAAGAACAAAAUCCAUCGUUCAUCAAUUUCAUUUCCUCUUUUUUGUCUUCUAAUUCCUUCCGUCUCAAUUUUGUUCCCAUUUCCCCGGACUGCAUCUUUAACUGUGGAGGCUUGUCAGUUGCAUUCAUAUUUGUUACCAAUUGGGACUGGGAGUGUGAAAAUGUCAUGUCGAUCUUUACCAGAGUUCAGAAGCUGAAGGGGCAGUUUGCUAAUCUGUACGUUGUGGUUUGCCUUCCAACUAAGCAGCAAAAUGAUUCAUUUGUUCGCGCUUACUUCAAGCAUGGAAUGACGUUUGGGAGGCCUACUUUUGUGCCUGUUCUGGAUAAAGAGAUGGGUUUUGAGAAGAUCGUUAAGAUUGCUCUAUCCCGUGGCGCUUGCAAAAGGCAGGAUGUUAUGUCAAAGCUGAAGGUUGAGAGAAAACAAGCUGUGCAAGGGAUGGAAAUCUACCUUAGAGUGGUGACUGCCAUACCAGGCAUUGAUAAUCAUGAUGCAAAUUCGCUGAAUCAAGCCAUUGGGUCAAUUGAAGCAAUUGCCAAGGCAUCAAAAGAGCAUAUCCUGGAGAACACUGAUCUUUCUGCAGAUAAGGCAGAAACUAUAACCAGGUUUUUCAGAGAUCCAAAGUUUUACCUCUCUUCAAAAAUCAAUUGACUGAGAAUUCAUAUGCUUUUGCUGCAACAAUUUAGGAUUAUGCUUUUGGUGCUUGUCAAGUGCCCAGCUGCUAUAAACUCCAAAAUCCAAAUUGUUGUAUUCAUUGAACUAUAUCAUAUGAUUUAAUGUUUUGUAGGCAGAUGUGUUGGAUUUCUUCCACUAUGGAGUGAAACUGCCAACUAUUGUCCUUGUAUGGAUCCAUUUCUGAGCAUAUUUAGCUACACUAUAGGCAUCUGUUGUUCCUCGGCCAUCCUUUCUUAACGCGGAUUAGCUCUACAGCUUUUAGGAUUCCCAGUUCUUAAAUCCCAAUACUUGGCCUCCACUGCUGCUUUGUUGUUGGCUUAGGUGUUGCUGCUAUUUUGAACAGCUCAUACUGUGAAAAGGAUUAGCUCAUAUAUUUGUACAUAAACAGUUUCACUCCUUAAUUUUCAAUCUACUUUUAAUUUUUAGUA